AUGGCGGCCCGCGAGAGGAGACCGCCAGGCCAGCAGCAAGCGCAGCAGCAGUCUUCACCCGUGGAAAUUGACAAGGAGAAGCUCAAGAAGGCAUUUGACAUCUCCCACUUCGACAUAAACGCCAUCCUGCGAGGCGUCCAGCUCACCCUAGUUGGAGCUCACCGGGCACUCCAGAAUCCUGCCCUGUUCAGCUCCGAGCACUAUCGCCAGGCCGCAAUCGCUGUGGCCGCCGGUAUAGCCAUCCGUCUUGCCAUCUAUAUCCCAAUCCUCGGCGUCCGAGUCUUCCUAUGGUUCCUGUCUCUCAUCUUCCGCCUUGAUUCUGUCACCUGGGACGAUAAGAUCCUUGAAGGGCUCGACUUCGUCGCGAACUAUGUCUUGCAGGUGCCACUCUUCCUCAUGACUCUGAUGCGUUAUGCCACGCCCACCCUAGACAACCUCUUCAUGGAGUCGCUGAGGUGGGUGGACAUAACGUACGUCCAGAAGCAUAAACAUGACGAUCCCAAGGAACUCCGGGAUAUGUACUAUCCCAACCUGAGGCAGUACUCCACCCGAGACGGGAGCACUCACACGACCAGCACAGCCGAGGCCAUCUCAAUGUUUCUGUACAGGUUCGCACGCAAGGCCGCCAUCUCUCUCGCCGUCUACUUGAUGUCCUACCUGCCUGUGGUCGGUCGCUUCGUCCUGCCCGCCGCCAGUUUCUACACUUUCAACCAGGCAGUUGGCCUCGGCCCGGCCUCCGUCAUCUUCGGCACAGGAAUCUUCCUCCCUCGGAGAUACCUGGUAAUCUUCCUUCAGACCUACUUCUCAUCCCGCAGCCUCAUGCGCGAGCUACUCGAGCCCUACUUCGCCCGAAUCCGCUUCAACAAGCAGGAGAAGCGCAACUGGUUCCGCAGCCGCGAGGGGCUACUGUUCGGGUUCGGCAUUGGCUUUUACACCUUGCUCCGCGUGCCGCUCCUAGGUGUACUGAUAUAUGGCGUCGCCGAGGCGUCAACUGCGUACCUGAUCACUAAGGUUACGGAUCCUCCACCGCCGUCGACCAGGGCCGAUGGUUUCGCAGCGAGCCAGCGGGAAUGGAGAAACAAGCAGAAGUUCCUCAGCCUGCCUCUGUCGAGUCUGGAUAAGAUCCAUGACGAGCCACCUUCGUACUCCGAAGUGGAUCCUCAUCCCGAAGCUCGGCCGGUUGAGCUCUAG